UUGUUCUCUGGCCUUCGAAUCACGAAGCACAAAUACGAACAGAGAGAAAAGUUCUGGUUCUAAGCUUCCAACCAGAGUUUGUGAAUUAACCCUAGCUUUCCGCUUUAGGUUAAAGAGACAAUCGUGAAGAAGGCGACUCCAUUGAUGGAGAUACAGCAAGGAAUGAGCUUCAACAACUGAAACGGAGAACGGAGAACGUUGAAGGAACUGUUCUUUGCCUCAUUUCGAGGAUCUUUAUUUUGAUUCUUGUUAUUAUACCUCUGCAGAUUCUCACAGUUGAAUGACGCAUUCAUUGAUAUGAGCUACGUUGUUUGAUUUUCGCGCUUCUCCUCUCAGAUCUCUAGUUCGAGUAUCUUGGGCUCUUCAUAUCCUGCUGAAUGGUUAUGUAUUUGAAUUCCCUUGGUUUCUUGUGGGCAUUCCUUUAUUGAGAAUCUUGAGUGGGAUUUCGUUACUGUGUGGCUGAUUAAUGAUUUUUAGGGUACAAGAAUUUGUUGUAGCUCAUUCAGCAUUGGCUAUAGAUUUGGGCACUUUUCUGGGAGAGAAGGAACUCUCUUCCCUUGCCACCUCUCUUGCCUGCUGCCAACACAUUUGUAUUUAAUGCAUCGUAAAUUGGACAGUCCAGUCCAGACGCAAAUGGCGGUGGCGGCAGCCUUUACGAGUCCUCUCAGUGGUGGAGAAUAUGGCGGCAGCAAGAGGAUGGAAGGCAGGCAGGCUACAGGGAGGAGAAGGGUCUUUGUGCAAACCGACACUGGUUGUGUCCUGGGGAUGGAAUUGGAUUGGAGUGAUAAUGCUCAUACUGUGAAGAGGAGGUUGCAGCUUGCGCUCAAUGUACCCACUGAUGAGAGCUCCUUGACAUUUGGUGAUACGGUGCUCAAGAACGACCUCAGUGGCGUACGAAAUGAUUCCCCACUUCUUCUUACGCGAAACAUUUUGCAUAGAAGCUCGUCAACUCCAUGUCUCUCGCCUACUGGAAGGGAUAUCCAGCAAAGAGAUCAGAGUGGCCCUAUUGAGAUAUUGGGGCAUUCUGAUUGCUUUGUUAGGAUAAAACAACUGGUUUGUGAGAUUAUAAAAGCUACUAAAAUCGGUGUAGAUCCUAUUCCUGUUCAUAGUGGACUUGGUGGUGCAUACUAUUUCAGAAAUAACAGAGGUGAGAGCGUUGCGAUUGUGAAGCCUACAGAUGAAGAACCUUUUGCACCAAACAAUCCAAAAGGGUAUGUUGGUAAAGCUCUAGGUGAACCUGGGUUAAAACGAUCAGUGCGUGUUGGAGAGACUGGAUUUCGCGAGGUUGCAGCUUAUCUUCUCGACUAUAAUCACUUUGCUAAUGUGCCUGCCACUGCCCUGGUGAAGAUUACCCACUCGAUCUUCAAUGUCAAUGAUGGAGUAAAUGGUAACAAGCCAAGCAGGAAGAAAUUGGUUAGCAAGAUUGCAUCGUUCCAAGAAUUCAUACCACAUGACUUUGAUGCCAGUGAUUACGGGACUUCCAGCUUCCCAGUUGUGGGUGUUCAUCGUAUAGGCAUUCUAGACAUUAGAGUUUUUAACACAGAUAGGCAUGGCGGAAAUCUUUUAGUUAGGAAACUUGAUGGUGUUGGGAGGUUUGGUCAAGUGGAACUUAUUCCAAUUGAUCAUGGACUCUGCCUGCCUGAAACAUUAGAGGAUCCAUAUUUCGAGUGGAUUCAUUGGCCACAGGCUUCAAUUCCAUUCUCAGAAGAUGAGCUCAAGUAUAUCAAAGAUCUCAAUCCAUUUAAAGAUAGUGAAAUGCUCAGGAUGGAGCUUCCCAUGAUCCGUGAGGGUUGUCUCAGAGUUCUGAUUCUCUGCACUAUCUUCCUCAAGGAAGCUGCUGCAUUUGGUCUCUGUCUUGCUGAAAUUGGCGAGAUGAUGACUAGAGAGUUUCACAGCGGAGAGGAGGAUCCCAGUGAACUGGAACUCAUAUGCAUCAAGGCUAGGCAGCUGAUCGAUGAAAGAGAGGUCUUAUCUCCCCAGGCUGAUGAUUUAAGCGAUGAGGGAUUUCAGUUUGAUAUAGACUGCGAUGAAAUGGAGUCAGCCUUUACCCAAGAGGUAGAAUCCGAUGAUUUUUUCCCAACAACACCAUUUCGUUUCGGGAUCGAGGAAGAAAACGGCGAGGAAGACGAGCGAGGGGGCUACCUCGAUUUGUUUACUUCCAAAAGGAUUCCAACUAUUUCAAAGCUUUCAAUGUCACUGAAGAAUACCAAUCUAGGUGAGAAGAAUAAGAAACACGCGAAGUACUUUGGAACAAGACCUGAGAACGGAUACAUAAUGACCAAUGCAUCAUCCUCCGGGCGCCGGAGUGCAAAUGAACAGCUUCCAGCCAGUGUAACCUUUGUGAAGCUAGCAGACAUGAAUGAGGAAGUUUGGUCAUUGUUUUUAGAGAAGUUUCAAGAGCUACUUCCCCCGGCAUUUGUUAAGCGAAAAUCCACCACUCUUGGUCAAUGGCAGAGGCAAAGGCUUGGCACUUCUUGCCAAUUUUGAUAUUGAGCAACCAACUUGUUGUCAUGACAGAGUUCAAUGGCUUUGAUGGAGCAAGGAUCUUCUGAUUUCUCUCCCAGAGAUUGCAUUUAAAAAAGGGUCAGUACUUAGAUUCUAUUGUAAAUAUUGUAGCAUCAACUAGUAGAUCUGGUUUUAGUAUUCUCUUUUCUUAUCUUUCUUGAAAAUUACAUUGUUCUUCUAGCUGCUACCACCUUGUUAUAUAUGUUCUUGGUCUAGCUUUAGAUUGAUUGAAAAUAUGUGAAAUUUUCAAUCUCUUUCUCA